CUACCCACCGCGACGAGCUACACGUUCUGUGCAGGCCUUUCGCAUCGAUCUCCAACAUCGUUCCGCCACAUCGACGAGCUUCUCUUCACGGAUAACAUCAUCGCAUCAUCAUCACAAUGGCGGAAGCAAAGCCUGCGUCCCAGAAGAUCUGGCUGGUCUCCAACGACAACGCCACCAUGGAAGUUGACCGUGCCGUCGUAGAGCGAUCCAUGCUCCUGAAGAACAUGCUGGAGGAUUUGGGCGGUGCCGACGUCAGCCCAGAGAACCCUAUUCCUAUUCCCAACGUCAACGAGGCAGUGCUGCGAAAGGUGGUUGAGUGGUGCGAACAUCACCGCAAUGACCCUGUUGCCGCUCCCGAUGACGAGUCUGAUGCUCGCAAGAAGACUACGGAUAUUGAGGAGUGGGACCAGAAGUUUAUGCAGGUCGACCAAGAGAUGCUUUUCGAGAUCAUCCUGGCCUCCAAUUUCCUUGACAUCAAGCCUCUCUUGGACGUUGGCUGCAAGACAGUGGCAAACAUGAUCAAGGGCAAGUCUCCCGAGGAAAUCCGCAAGACUUUCAACAUUACAAACGAUUUCUCGGCCGAGGAGGAGGAGCAGAUUCGCCGUGAGAACGAAUGGGCCGAGGACCGAUAAAUAAUGGUCUACUACGGGUGCCUCUUAACUCUCCCUCUUUUAGUGGAGAGCAGCAGCGUGAACCUGGCUGUUUCCAGGGCUGUUUCAUAGAGCAACCUACGGCGUUGAUGGGACUGAAAUGACAAGGCUAUCGGGUUCUUUUUCGUUUUUUUAACUGGUAUUUUGUUUUUGGGGACAUAUGCGCGGGGGCUCGGCUGUAGAUUGACCAACAUCGAGCACUUAUCAUGAGCUGGGGAAGCUUAUUCUCUACGGUUAAAGACACGCUACAGACACCACGUUGAGUAAAAUUUUAGCUGGUUUCGAUUUAUACCUUAUUUCUCAUUC